AGUCCUGACUCUGGCAACGGUGACAACUAUUUCUUACAGAUAGCUUGAUAUCGCGCCGAGAUCUUAUCCGGUCAACCGUCAGUUUGCUGGACAGUGGUGCAGUGGGCUUUCAGCUUGGAGGCUAGUAGUUACCGGCUUGCGCCACGUGCGGAACCCAGUCUGAUGCCCCUGACUUCUGACCCCUGACCAACUUGAACCUUGUCCCGCCAACUCGCACUCAACAUGCCAGUCCAGUCGAGACUUGAUCAUCUCGCGAACCGGAAUUGUAUAUACCCCUGACCCAGGGCAGAAAAUUCAACCUGCAUCCUUUCUGCUCAUCCCUAUACAGAACACAGCUUCAUCGGUCUCGAUGUCUCAAGUAAAUCCCACGUGGCCAAAUUCGCGCUAGAAAGUUCGAACAAAUGGACCGGGUUCUCGAACGGGCUUUUGACAUUACUCUCUUGUCGUCGGCUGGGGCCCGCCUGCCUAGCCUCCAUGGUCCUCACCUCACAGGGCAGCACCGGUGCCGGUCUCUCCAGUGGGGCGGGAACGUCGCCGUCGAUGGGACGAUUUCGAUGCCAGUGCCAGGUCCGGAGAAGAGCCCCGAGAGAUCGUGACAGACAGCCUAGACUCAAGCUUGCCAAUCAUUUAUCCUUCGGAUUCUUCUCUUCACUUUCCUUUUCUUCCUCCAAAGCCCGCUCGAGCGUCAUGUCUUGUCCGAUCGAGACCUCUUGCGCAGCCCAGAGAUCGGCGUAAAGGCCUCCCUGAGCCAGCAGCUCCGCAUGAGUUCCUUGUUCAACCACCUGGCCGUCUCGGAGCACAAAGAUGAUGUCGCAGUCAUAAAUCGUACGCAGCCGAUGAGCCACAAACACACUCGUCCGUUGCUUUUCUUUCAGGAUGCUGUUGAUGUUUUGCAACAGCGUCUGCUCCGUGUAUGUGUCGAGCGCCGAUGUCGCUUCAUCGAAGAAUAACAAAGGAGGGUCCUUUAGGAGAAGUCGGGCAAUUGCAAGUCGUUGCUUCUCUCCUCCAGAUAUCAUCAUGCCUCGUUCACCCACCAUGGUAUUCCAACCAGCCGGUAGCCGUUCCACCAGAUCCAGGAUCCUGGCUCUUCGUGCGGCUUCUCGGACUUCUUCAAAAGACGCGUCAACCCUGCCAUAUCGAAUGUUGUGCUCAAUCGUGUUGUUGAACAAUGGCGUAUCCUGGGGAACCACUCCAAUGCUCCGACGGAGACUGUCCAGGCUGAGCUCUUUGAUGUUUUGCCCGUCAAUCAGAAUCUGACCAGUCGGCGCAUCGUAGAAUCGGAACAAUAGCCGAAGAAUGGUCGAUUUCCCGCAUCCGCUGGGUCCCACAAUCGCAACCUUUUUCCCGGCAGGAAUCGUCAUGCUCAGAUUGUUCAAAAUAGGCCUGUCAGGAUGAUAUCCGAACGAGACGUUCUCAAACCUAAUUUCUCCCCCCUUGGUCAGAGCCAAAGGUCGCGGAUGGGCCACUUCCUUGACCGUCACAUUGACCUUUUGCAGACUGAACAAAGUCUCCAUGUCCAGCAGCGAUUGCCGAAGUUCUCGAUAGACGGAACCCAAGAAGUUCAAGGGCACAGACAGUUGGAAAACAAGUUGGUUGACCAUGACCAAGUCUCCGACCGUCAGUUCGCCGGCGGCCACCCCCGUUGCAGCCAUAUACAUCAUCCCUGCCAGCGCGGUGGAAAAUAUAAAGUUCUGGCCGCUGUUGAGGAACGCCAACGACGUCGUGACUUUGAUAGACGCAUCCUCGUAUUUCUUCAAUGCUUGGUCGUAUCGGUUGACCUCGAAUUUCUCGUUGUUGAAAUACUUGACAGCCUCGUAGUUGAUCAAUGUGUCGACCGCCACGGUUGCGCCUUGGUUGUCUGCUGCAUUCGCUUGUUUUCGGAAUUUCGUUCUCCACGAAGUCGUGGCGAUUGUGAACGCCGAAUACGCCACCAUAGUUGCAGCAGUGAUGGCAGCGAACGAUGCACCAUAUUUAUACGUCAGGAUGCCACAAACCAUUGAUAUCUCCAGCACCGUGGGGAAGAUAUGGAACAGCAUUGACGUCAAUAAAAAGCUGAUGCCCUUUGUGCCUCGAUCAAGCGCCCUGGUCAGUCCACCUGUUUGACGCGACAGAUGGAAUUUCAAAUCCAGUUGCAAUAGAUGUUGGAACACAUUCCGAGCCACGUUGCGGAUAGCCUUUUGUGCCACGCUCGCGAAGACGGCAUUGCGCAGCUCCUGAAACAGAGUUGCGCCAAUCCUGGUCACGCCGUAUGCCACAACCAUGGACCCGGCCACUGUCCAAGCGGUGCCGCCCACUGCCAGGAAAUCAAUGUUCAUUGAGUCGACAAUGCUUUUGAAGUAGAACGGCACAUUGACGUUCAGGAUCUUGGCCGAAACAAGUAAACCCAGGGCAGUGCUGACACGGAGCUUGCUUCCCCAGUCGCCUUUCGGCCAGAGAUACUGCACCAUCUCCCUCAUGAUGGAGAGAUCAAUCUUUCGCUGCUCCUUGUUGGAGACGACCUUUUCGGAGAGGAGGCCACUCUUCUUGAGGUCGACUGGCUCUGGCUUGACCGGCCCUGGUUUCUGAAGCGUCUCUGGCUUCGUGGCCUCGACGGUCCCCAGCCUACUUGCGGCCUCGUCGGCACCCUUGGCCGUCUGUUCUGGCGCCUUCCUCUCAUCCUGGCGUUUUAAGAAAGCCGACUGGGUAAAUAUCCGAACCCUAGGGCUCGCAACAAUUGAUCGGUUAGACCUCCAUGCCUUCAACACAGGAUAACGCGAACUGUGUAUUCUUUGACUGCCGCAAUUGUACAGCGUUCUGGACAGCAUCUUGAGCGUGAUGACUAGAUGGUCUGCUUACGCCGCAGCAGUCAGGCUGAGAACACUUUUUGUCCGCCUUCCCCUCCCCUAUGGCAUGUGUAAGCCAGAGAGAGGAGUUGCAACGUGUACGCGAACAGGCGAGUCACACACAGAAGGGGUCCAAUUGGGAGGGAAAGCGUAAACAGCUGGUUCGACAGGUUGAGCCAUUUGUGCUCAAUGUGAUGCCAUCCGACGGCGCCGAAGAGCGCUUGGUCGAGUACAUACUUCCCCGUAACCCGCUGAUCUUACAGGCGAGGCUGUGAUCACAUGAAAAACAUAGGGUCCUCAGUUUUUGGCCGAGAAACCGCAAUGUUGUCCUCGCCGAAUUUUAACCGUGUGUAGAGACUUUGUUGAUAUGUUGCAAUUUCAAAAUAUCGAUGACCAACUUGAACAUCCAUGAUUCCGUAGAAACCAGGUGGAACAUGUGCUUGGCAUGUUUGACACGCGAAUGUUGUCCGCCGACCGACGCCAUUGAGCUCCGCAGUUUUUGGAAGCUCUGGUCAUGAAUCGUGUUUGGAUAUUUCCAACAACGGCCAGGAGUCUGGUCCUACUUCACUGCUGAAACUCGCGAGAAAAGUACCCUGACCACCAUAAAAUCAACAUGCCUCAGGUUGCCGCACAGAAUCUCCGGCGGCUGACCGGGUUCCCUCGAAAAUGGGCAUUUCCAGCACACCUUGUCGCCGGGCGGAGAGUUGGAGGAUACAAGUACAUCUCAGUGCAAGCGACGCCCGCCACCGACACCAGUAGGAUUGACGUUCAAGUUGUUGGCAAAUCGGCAUCAGCAGCCUCUCCAGAUGCCUCGUUCGAAGUCCUAGGAAGUCCAUACUCAUUAUUGUCCGUGACAUUAUCACCAUCUCAAGACCUCUACACGCGUCGAGGGACAUUAGUCGGUUUCGCAGGGGAUCCAGACGGCACAGUCUCAACGCUACGAUUACUUAACCCCGUCCGACGCGCCUUGAUCGGAAUACCGUUUCUCUACCAGAAAAUCACAUCCACAUCGUCUGUCAAUGCGCUCAUCGCGACGAGAUCACCUCUUACCACAUUUGCGAUUCUCCAAUUAGACGGACGGACGGAUUGGAAACUGGCGCAACGGAAAGCCCUGCUAGCAUGGACCGGUAGCACGUUGUCAGUGAAACCGACUUUGAGCACGAAACUCUCGCUGGCACAUUGGGGCAGUUCGGAUGUGACAGGGAGAGGACUCUUGGCUCUCGCUGGGCAAGGGCAAGUGUAUUCGAUUGAACUUGCGGAGGGCGAGACGUAUCUCGUCCACCCGUCUAAUAUCCUGGCAUAUUCGAUCUCUUCGCCCUCUCCUCCUCCGCAACCGUACCGUUUCAAGUCUACCAAUGUCCGGUUUCAGAUCCCUCUCCAGCUGGGGAACUUUUUCCCUUCAUCCAAAUUUGUCGAGACUUUGAAAACGAGCAGUACUUACAAGAUUAUUGCCAAUGCUUUGCUGAGGAUUCGGACCUGGAGUCGCAGGACUAUAUGGGGGGAUAGACUGUUCUUGCAGUUCAAAGGUCCUACGACACUUUUGAUUCAAAGUCGUGCGGCCAGAGUAAAUGAUGUUUUGACGGCUCAGGAAGUCAACGAGAUUGCCGAUACUCCUCCGGGAGUCGUGCGGGACGCCCUAACAGACGCUCAAGCGGCUAAAGCCAUUGACGCCUCGAGACCAGGUGCUGCUGGGGCUUCGCCGUCAAGUUCCACGUCAUCGCCGCAGUCGCAAGCCAAAUUGUCAUAUGCAAAUGUUAGCAGUGAUGGCAAGGUUACCUUUGACAAGUCAUAGAACUUGCGCCGGUUUUCGGCAACAGUUCCUAGGACGAGUACUGUUCAAAGCGAGGCAUGUACAGAUGCUGCAUUGAAAGCGACCGGCGGAAACACUGUGCUAGGAUCGUUUCCUCAUUCUGGUAGAAUAUGUGUCUUCACACGACCUUGCGUUCUGAAGCGAGGGACCAUGUCCGUGGUUGAUCCUAAAACUUGUCUUUUAAUGAAAUCUAUGUCUCUUGCUCUCACAGGUAUCUUUCUGGGUGGUUGUGCAAACCUACAGUCGUAUUCUAAGCGUACAAUACUAGAUAGCCCUACUUCGGGAGAUGGGUUUUCACAGGCAAAAGGCGCAGACAUACCAAGUCAACGGGCAAUGGAGCAGGUAGUUCAGCAGACAGGCAAUUCAAGAUACGAGGAGGACAAGCAAUCGGCGAAUGUGAACGAAAAGUGGUCUGUUUUUCAUUUGGUAGCCUUCGUUAGGUUAUGUGAGCCUAGCUUAGCUAUCUAAACCAGUCCGUAAUGCGUAAAGGACCAGCAUAUCGAACGUGCAGUAGGUCUCAAAGCACA